CAGGCCUUAAUCUCUAAAUCUCGAGGUGGGCUGUGUCUCGUCCCGAGCAGGGGAAAGCAAUCGGGUACGUACAGUAUAAGAAGCAACCUCGCGCCGCCUCGUACUCGCAGUUUGGCCUGGUGUUGAGCAGCACACCUUCCGCUCGCUCCUCCCGCUGAUCCCGACUCGAUUCUCCCUCUGCGAGCUCUCCGACCUCCCCAGCGCGUCGCAUCCUUCUGCGAUUGGAUUGGGGGGCAACGAUUGCGAGUAGCUUGAGGGAGACGAUUUCGAUCGUCCAUUCCUUUAUCCGAAUAAACCGACCCCAAUUGGCCCCGACGCCUCUUGGCUUAUAUUGGUCCAAACAUGAAGUUUGGCCAGCAUCUCGAGCGGGAAUCCGUUCCCGAAUGGAGUCUUCACAACCUCGAUUACAACUCGCUCAAGCAUGAAAUCAAAGUACAUACAACUCGCGACCAGGCCAGCGCCAUGGCCAUCCCCGGCCACAAGGACGAGGCCCUGACGCGAUUCGAGGAUGGAUUGUACAUGGAGCUUGGUCGCCAGCAUGAGCGCCUGCAUCUUUUCGUCUGCAGCAAGGCCGACGAGAUCUCCCGGCGGUUAGAACACCUUGCCAAGAGUAUUAACCGAUGGGCCUCCAAACCUCAAGACCAGCUGACGGAGGAUUCGGCCAUUAAGCACCAGAGGAGAUUUGCCAAGUACGAGCGGGAACUGCUUCGUUGCGGAGGCGACAUUCAGGCCCUGGAGCGUUUCGUCAAGGCCCAGACUGUCGCGUUCCGCAAAAUAACCAAGAAGUACAAGAAAUGGACCGGCUCCACGACCCUCGGCGCCCGUCUGUACGAGAACAUCCUCUCGGAUCCCAAGAGUUUUACCCGCCGCGACUUUUCUUACCUCCAACAGCGCUAUGACGAAAUUACAUGCACUCUUCACGCCGCCGCCCCCGUCCUGAGCGAGCCCAGCUCCCCUGAAUCCUUGGCCCAAUCCUAUCGUCGUAACUCGCUGGGCGCCUCUUACAAUUCCAACGCCUAUCCUUCAGAACGCCCGUCCAGCCGGCCUCGCCCCGAAUUUGAUGUCUUGCCGCCUCCCCAAAUACCAGAGCGGGUCAAGUACUGGAACGAAUAUGACGAUGGCAGCGAAUGCGCAGGCGAUGAUGAUGGAUAUGCAAUUUAUAUUAACCCAGACGACGAUACAAGCUUUCCGGGAUUCGACUAUUUACACAAUAUCUUCAAGGGCCCCCUCGAAAAGGCCAAGGGUUGGUUCAAAACCGACCGGCAUGGAGAACGACAGUCUCUCCUCGGUGCCAACCACUCGCCGAACCAGUACUCCAGCACCACCUUCAACAGCGAAUCUGAUGAGGAAGGGGGAUACGCCAGCUCGGACGGGUUCCCUGCGGCUGGUUAUGCUACCCACUACGCCCUCCCCAGCCUUAGUCAACAGGAGGCGAGCCGAUAUCGCGAAAAGACCUUGUUCUGGGGCACCGUCUGUUCCUUCGCCGUAUCCUAUCUUCUACUCCUAAUCGCCGGCACCCUUAUCUCUACAGGCCGACAUAGGCUUCGUGUCGAGGUUGAUGCUGGCGCCACUGUCGGUGUGGUUGCCAGUCUGUUCUCUGCGUGCGGCGCUCUGGGUAUGACACUAUAUCGACGUGACCCGCUGUCACUCCCUUAUCAGCUGCUGGUCUGGGUCGCCUUUAUCUCGGCCUGUCUCCUCAACGGCAUCCUGCUGAUUCUUGUCGUGGGGAACGCCCCCUGACGUCGUGCUGACGUUAGGGCAUAACCUUAUUUCUCUUUUCUCGUCCGUUGUUGAUACCGGUGCCAGAAGACUGCACCAUGAUUUAUAUACUUGUGUGGACUCAUUGAGUUGGUGUUUGGCGUUGAGCGCAUGCCACAUGGAAAGCGUGGUUGUUGUUGUUGAUCCCUUCGAGUUCGAGCGGAUAGUGCGAAAGCAGCAUGCAUACGUUGUUGACGAUACGAGCGUUGUUGUUUUGACUGAUGCAUCGCUUUUGUUUUGUUUAUUGCACGAGAUUUCAUGGCGGAGAAUAGAUUGUGAUGAAACCUCGCGGUGGUUGAGCGGCUAGCGGAGCGAUGAUGAGGCUCAGGGCGUAGCUUUAGUUGAGUUGAAUAGCAGCGAUUUGCGUGCCCA